AUGCCGGCCAGAAAGAAACACAGAAAGAAGGCGCCUGUACAGUCGAAGCAAUACCUCACGUGGGGUUCAGCAGACAAUGCGCACAUUAUGGACAUUUUCACCCUUGCAGUGACCGACAAGCAAAUUCUCUCUGGUGGAGGCGACCCAGCCAUCAAGGUUCACUCUACCACAGGCCCCGAGUUCCCACUGGUUCAAUCCAUAGACAACGCGCACGAUAUUGGCUGCCACCACCUUGUGACCGAUGGAACGGGCACUCGAGCCGCCAGUGCAGGUUUUGAUGGGAAACUCAAGAUCUGGUCUUGCCAGGAUGGUUACUGGGCUCUUGAUCAGAAAUUGUCAGCCAACCUGAAUGUUGGUGACGUCUGGGCCAUUACACUAUCUCUGGAUGGACAAUAUCUCGCUGGAGUCACGCAGGCGGGCCGAAUCAAUGUCUGGGAUCUUGCUGCCGACGCUAAUAAGAUUCGGGACCACGAGACAAGGGGAAAAUUUGGCACUUGCAUUGACUUGUCUGCCGACGGUCGUUUCAUUGCUACCGGCCACGAUGACGGCUCUGUAUACGUAUUCACCACUGAGACAGGCCGCAUGCCGUUUUCCCUAGCAGGCUUGGUCAAAUCAGUCCGGUCCGUGGCCUUUUCACCAGGAGGAAAGAUUCUUGCGGCAGCUGGCAAUUCUGGUGUGAUUAUUCUGUACGACACUGCCUCCGGUGAACAGAUUGCGAACCUCAAGGGUGACUGUGGCUGGAUUAUGUCUCUUGCUUGGAGCAAUACCGGGGAGUAUCUUUUAAGCGGCUCAUUUACCGGCAAGGCCAAGGUCUGGUCGAUGGAAACCAAGACCUGUGUCGCGACUCUUUCUCAGUCCGAGAAGACAAUCUGGAGUUCUAAGUGGAUCCCAAAGACCACCAAGACAGAAGGGUUUGCGACUGCGGGUGGAAACAGCAGCAUUGCCUUCUACCGUGAGGCUACUGGAUAG